AUGUUUGAACUUCAAGUGACUGAAGAAUGUGUUCGGUGUCAUGACGGAGGAGGCAAAUGUCAAGUUUACAAAGAGAAAUUUCAUUGUUCAAAUGAUUUAAUAGCCCCAGCCGCCUCCUCAUCUGAACUUGGACGAACUCAGAAAGAUAAACAACAAUGGUGGAAGCUAGCCUUGGGACUAGGUAUCGGAAUUGGAGGAUUAGCCAUCCUGAUUGUUGUAUUGAUUUGGUCCAUCCACCGUCACAAGAAAAAAAUAUCUGCAAGCUUCAACUCAAGACUCAUUUCUAAUGAUCCCCCAAGAUCAGAAUUGGAAGUAGGUAGUGUCUGUUUUGGUGUCCCGCUCUUUUCAUACAAAGAACUUGCAGAAGCCACUGAUAACUUUAGUCAUGAGAAAGAGCUUGGAGAUGGUGGCUUUGGACGGGUGUAUUAUGCGAAACUUCAGGACGGGAGAGAAGUUGCAGUGAAGCGUUUUCAUGAGCACAACAAUAGAAAGUUUGAGCAGUUUAUGAAUGAAAUUGAGAUCCUCACUCGAUUGCGCCACAAGAAUCUUGUGUCUCUUUAUGGCUGCACUUCACGUCACAGUCCACAGGGUCUCCUCCUGGUGUAUGAAUUCAUUCCUAAUGGAACCGUUGCUGAUCAUCUUCGCGGUGGAAGAGCGAAGCCUGGCUCACUUCCAUGGCCUAUUCGUAUGAACAUCGCAAAAGAAACAGCUAGCGCAUUGGCUUACCUCCAUGCUUCUGAUAUCAUACACAGGGACAUGAAGACUAACAACAUUCUACUUGAUAACAACUUCAGUGUAAAAGUUGCAGAUUUUGGGCUUUCGCGGUUGUUUCCAACCGAUGUCACUCAUGUCUCAACAGCUCCACAAGGAAGUCCGGGCUAUGUCGAUCCUGAGUAUCAUUUAUGUUAUCAGUUAACAGAUAAGAGUGAUGUUUACAGCUUUGGAGUUGUCCUGAUUGAGCUCAUUUCAUCAAUGCCUCCUGUUGAUAUGAACAGGCAGAAACAAGAGAUUAAUUUAGCUUACUUAGCAGUAAACAGGAUUCAGAAUUCUGCAAUUGAAGAGCUGAUUGACCCAUGUCUUGGAUUUCAAUCAGAUGAAGAAGUUAAAAGGAUGACAACUUCAGUUGCAGAGCUUGCCUUUCUAUGUCUGCAACAGAACAGGGAAAUGAGACCUUCCAUGAAUGCGGUAUUGGAGGAAUUGAAGAGAAUUCAAAGUUGCAGUGUGCAGCAUACAGCUUCAUCACCAGAUUGUGAAGUGGCUUCCUUGUUGAAGAAUGUCAAUCUGUCAUCAACAUCUGUGACAUCAAAAUGGGUUAGCAGCGAAAUUACAUCUAGUCGUAGUAGUUAAUGGUUUAUUGGCCUUUUCUAAGCUGUAGAAGGCUGUCCACCAUGAGGAUAAUUGUAUUGUGAAUUUAAUCUUAAUGAGACUUUAAC